AUGUCAGACACAGAAGAAAGACCACAGGACACCGUCGAAGAGGCUACUGAAGCCCCAGUUGUCAACAAGAACAAGCGUUACCGCAAGCCAAAGCCAUGGGAUACCGACGACAUCGACCACUGGAAGGUCGAUCCUUUCACCGCUGAGGACAACGUGGCUGGAUCAUUCACGGAAGAGUCAUCAUUCGCCACGCUGUUUCCCAAGUAUCGCGAACGAUACUUGCGCGAGAUCUGGCCUCAUUUGACGAGAGCGUUGGAGAGAUAUGGACUCACCGCCGUUCUGGAUUUGGUGGAGGGUUCCAUGACAGUCAAAACUACCCGCAAAACCUACGAUCCCUCAUCCAUCCUCAAGGCUCGCGACCUCAUCAAACUCCUCGCCCGUUCCGUUCCCUUCCCCCAAGCUAUCAAGAUCAUGGACGACGCAGUUGCAUGUGAUAUCAUCAAGAUUGGUAACCUCGUCAGAAAUAAGGAGAGAUUCGUGAAGAGACGACAGAGAAUUUUGGGACCGGGGGGACAGACGCUGAAAGCGUUGGAGUUGUUGACGCAGUGUUAUAUUAUGGUGCAGGGUAAUACUGUGGCUGCCAUGGGUGGUUUCAAGGGGUUGAAGGAGGUUAGGAAGGUUAUUGAGGAUUGUAUGAAGAACAUUCAUCCGAUUUACCAUAUCAAGGAACUCAUGAUCAAACGCGAACUCGCAAAGAACCCCGCCCUAGCAACCGAAUCCUGGGACCGCUUCCUCCCUCAAUUCAAAAAACGCAACGUUGCCCGCCGCGCCCCCAAAACCGUCAAACCCAAAAAGGUCUACACCCCCUUCCCUCCAGCACCGACUAUGUCCAAGGUCGACAAGCAGUUGGAGUCUGGAGAGUAUUUUCUCAAGGCUGGAGAGAGGGAGAGGAAGGCGAAGGAGGCGAAGGCCGAGAAGAGGGAGGAGAGGAGUGCGGAGAAGAGGAGGGAGAGGGAGGAGGGGUUUGUGGCGCCGGUGGAGGAGGUGAGGGAGAAGAAGAGGAAGAGGGUUGCUAUUGCGGAGUAG